AUGGAUAAAGAAGGACAGGCUGAACCAGUAUCCAAUAGAUUUACCAGGAAGAAACAAAGUGAGCAGCGACGUGGAUUUGGAGAGUGCAAGCCCUCUCUCCUAGGAGGACUAAAUGGAACAUAUCUGAGAGAUGUGUCUCAGAUCUGCCUUGCAGAUGAAUCUACCUUGAAAAAUCCAGGUUUGAGCUGGGAAUUAUACAGCCUACAGUAUGUAGAAUAUGGGGCUAAAAGAGCUCAACACAAAACUAAGCCUUACCCACAUUCCCCAGUUCUGUUUGCUGACGGUUAUCAUGAGAAGUCUCCCAGUUCAGGAGUUUCUAUGGAAGCAGGCAUGUUUCAUUCUUUCAUGGUGCUGAUUGGUGGGUUUGAACACCCCUUCUUUAGGUGUGUAAAUUAUAAUAAUCAACAUCCCAAUGCUUGGUACAUCUGGUUCUUGCUGCUGAUUUUUCUGGUGGCUCUUCUUUGUGGAGUUGUGCUUUUCUGCCUCCAGUGCUGGCUGAAAAGGUCCAGACUUAUUCCCCCAACACGGACAAUGGCCGUUUUCGCGGUUGGAGAUUUGGACUGUGUUUAUGGGACAGAAGCAGCUGUAAGUCCAACAACUGGAAUUCACCUUCAGAUGCAAAACCCUGAACUGUACACUCUUCCAUGUUUUGGCACUUUCGACCCUCCACCUCCAUAUGAAGAAAAUUUAAAAACAAGCUGA